AUGUUUCUUAAUUUUAUUUUGAAAAAAUUUAUUUUAUGUUUAGUGUCUUAUUUGUCUCAGCUCUACUGGGAAGAUAUAGCAAGAUGGAAACUUUUGUAAGAACUUAUCUUAUAAAAUUCUCAUAAGUUUCUUACGACCGUACUUCCAGGAUUAGAAUAAAAUUUACCGUUACUGUAACACGCGGUUAUUGACGCAGCCGUGGAAAAUAAACAUGCUGCGCAUCGCUUAUUCCAUUUUACGAUACGAUCGAAUGUAUUACAAGAAUGCAAUUCUGCCGGAAGAAUUCAACAACUGUCAAAGUAGUUUCCGCAUGAAUUCUUGAUCGAUCUUUAUUCCCUAUUCAUUUGCCCGAAUUGAACAUGAGGAUGAAUAUAAGGGAUUCUCCUUCUAAAAAAAGCCCUGCAAGAACAAGACUUUCCGUCCGUGAAAAACGUAGGUUUGCACAGGUGGCGUCGCGACGCCGAGCGUCGGCUUCAUUCGACGCGUGACGCUUCCUCGUGUCGCAGCGUCGCGACGCCUGUUUGUAUCAGAUCAUUUUAGAACUCACUGCGACGCACAUUGUUCGACCCAUACGAUCCGUUUGAUUGAUAUAAAAAUGCUGAUCGCAGAGAUGAAACGAAUCAGAGCUUAUCAGAAGCACAAAUGCAUUCAACACAUUCGGCCGUAAGAAAUUGGCUGCACCGAGGCGAACUCGAGAAGCUCGAAAAUGUCGUGCUAGAGGGCAAAGGAGCGCGCCUGCUAGGCGAACAUUCCCAGGAUCUUAGAACUCGUGUCUUCCUGAAGGGACUCCCGAACUACUUGACGAAGAUUUCUCAAGUGCACGAUGCUGUUGCGCGCGGCUCAUUAGCUGAAACGCAGAAGAUAAUAUCCGAGGAGUCGAAGAAGAAGCUCGCGAUCGCGAAGGAUUCAUGUGGGGUGCCUUUGCUACACAAAGCGGUCUACUACGAUCAUCCCGAGAUCGUUGCCUGGCUCCUAGAAAAUUAUCCCAUUACGCCACAACAGAAAGAUAGGGAGGGACGUACGGCUUUGCAUUACUGCUCUGCGUGCAAAGAUCCUGAUUCGAUCUGGGAUCUUCUCAUAGAAGGUGGAUGUGACGCUAGUAUCUGCGAUAAAAAAGGAAACCCGGCCUCUUAUUACUUGGAACACUCUACGGAAGUUGAAUUGCCAGAAGUGGAGAUGACGACUCGACGAAGGAAAAGUACCGGAAAAGAUAGUAUGGAUUUCAAGCCAUCUAAUAUCAGGAUAUGGAUACACAACAAAGACAUCGGAAAAUUGCAGCAGGUGCUUUGGGAGGGACAUGGAUCUAAACUUCGAUGCGAGACCAGCAACAAUCCGCGAAUAAGAAGAUUUCUAGAGGCCGUGCCGUUUAUUAUGGGCACAAUAAAAGAUAUUCACGCGACAGUCAUUAAUAACGAUUUGGAGGGUCUCAAGGAGAAAUUGGACGGACCUAUUGCGCCCAUUGUUUUGUGCGGCAAGGACAGCAAUGGUUUGAAUGCUCUACACAAGGCUGCUGGUUUGGGAUACUCGGACAUCGCGCGUGAAAUCCUUGAAAGAUGUCCCGCAACGGUAGCGGCUCAGGAUAACGAAGGAAAGACGCCGCUGCAUUAUGCAGCUGCACUUAAGGACGACGGCGUCAUGUACGAUCUUCUGACGGAAAAUGGUGCCGAUGAAAGUAAACUGGAUAACAGACAAAAGGCGCCCGCGUUUUACAAGAACCGCCCAUCGGACGUAGACCUGUCGAAUUUGUCGAUGAUACCGGAGGCGCCCCGAGUCUCCUAUACUUAUCCAAAAAAUUGGGACUGGAAAAUCUUAGAGGGUUUAGGAAAAGUCGUUUUGCGAGGUCUGAAGAAAGUUAGCAGUGACGACAGCGCCUUUGGUAGCGCCGACUCCACGAUGAAGGAUUCGGAUGAGAAGGUCAAUAUUAUGGUCGAUUAUAUGGGAGAUUUCGUGGAACAGAGAGCUGAUGAUGAGCAGCAAGAAACUGAAGAACCUGAAACUCCGAAUGGAGACGAGGAGGAAGCACAGAACGGAGAUGAAGAUGAGGCAAAUGACGGAGAAGACGAACACGAAGAAGCCGAAGAAAAUCACGAAGAAAAAGAGGCGAUUGAUCAUGAAGGGGAGAUGGCAUCAUCGGAUGAUGACGUGGUAACUGGGCUUAUCGAGGCGGUCGAGGAGGAUGGACCAGAGGCCGCCGUUAAUGAGGACGGCAUCUAUGAGGAAUGCCCGAAAGUCGACGAACAGGAAGAAAGAAACGAGCCUAGCACCGGUGAUUCUGGCGUCGACGAUCCUACACAAGACGAGGAGCAGCAGGUCAUUGUCGGUGAGCAUAAGGAGCCCGCGGAGGUAGAGUUGACCGAGGGUAGCAUGGGUCGUGAUCCAGAAGUGGAAAGCUUACUGGAUGACGGCAAUAUGGAACAAUUAGCAGCUCUCGUUCUUAAUGGCGAAGGUCGACGAUUGAUCAAACGGCAGUCCGGAAAUCCUGAACUCCAGGCUUUCAUUGACAACGUUCCGGCCUAUAUGGCAAAAAUUCGUGCUGUGCACAUGGCAGCGCGAGAGGGAAAUCUUCGAAAUUUGCAAAGUGCAUUGGAUCGGCGCAAAUUCGCGGUGGCGCGAGAUGAAUCGUCGCCCAACGGCGCAACGCCAUUGCACGUAGCCGUCAUCUUCGGAAAUACCGCUAUCAUCAGGUAUCUGGCAGGAAGGUUUCCAGAAACCGCCAACGCGAUCGAUCUCGACGGACGCACUCCGUUGCAUUACGCCGCUACGCUCGCGGAUAACGGUCAUUACUAUAAUCUUUUAUUACAUCUGGGUGCCAACCCUUUAGUACUGGAUAAUUUCGAACAUAAGGCAGAUUAUUACAAGCAAAAUCGGAGCGAUCUGUCGCACAAAAAGCUUCUUCGCAAUUUCGGAGCCAGCGAGAAAUUCGCCGACGAAAUGUUGACGGAUAAAGUGCCCGGAGGUGAUAUCUACUCAGCACGGCGUGACGUGAACGAGCCUGAGAUCCUAGCUACCCUGGAACGAUGUUUUCGAUUGUUGGCGGGCAACCGACGAUUGUCGAUACCGAAGACUGCAUCGAACGCCGAUGACAUCAAUGACAUCCCGAUAUUUCGUACAGAGGAAGGACAUUACUUAGCAGCAUCUCUGGGUGAUCCCUUAAUUAAAGGGUUAACGGAAGUUGCUAACGCACGUCCAACGGAUCCGGUCACAUAUCUCGCGACAUAUUUAUACAACUUUGCUAGCAAGAACAAAGCCAAUGAGGAAUCUGAUGUUCUCAUUAUACCUGAUCGCGAAGAAGAAAAUUUGGAUAAUAUCGAAAACGACACGUUUGAUGAUGGCUAUCCACGAAGCCCAGAUUCAGACAUACCUGAAUCCACAUUUAGCAAUCCUAAUAGGGAUGAACAUGGACAAAGUAUGAUUCAUUUUGCGGCGGUUCGUUCCUAUUCGAAGGACGGCUUGUAUCACCUGCUGCUGGAGACGCAGGUCAAUGUCGGUUUCAGGGAUGAAUUAUAUCGGACAGCCAGAGAUGUUGCAGAACAGGCGAAUAUUCGAGAAAAUGUCGAGGAGAUCGACCGUUUCGUUGUUUAUCUUGCGGCAAGAGGCGAGACUGAAAAGUUGGUCGAGCUUUUGCUUGAGGGCUACGAUCAUAUUCUGGACACCGAAGAUGACGGAGUAAACAUUAUCGAUGUGGCCGCGCAAAGAGAACACGAAGCUACCGUGCAAUUUCUACAAUCAAUUCCUAAUUAUGUGAAUCAACGUGAAGAAGUACACGCAGCCAUUCGGACUGGCGACGAGGAGCGAGUCAAGGAACUCUUGAAUAAAAAUAAUGGGGGUGGAAAAUUGCUCGCGGUUGGAAAGAACUCGAUCGGCCGAUGCGCUUUGCACAUCGCUGUACUUCGGGAGGAUGAAGAGCUCGUUAAAUUUAUCGCUAAAACAUAUCCGGAAACAUUACGCAUCGGUGAUAAUUUGGAUAGAACCGCUCUUCAUUACGCAAUGGGCGUGCCGUCCGUGGAGGUCUUGAGUCACAUUUUGAUCAAGGCGGGCGCGAAACGCAUCGUCAAAGAUCUGAAAUCUCGGCAACCCUCAUAUUAUUUCAUGAACAAGUCUGAUAUCGAGCGACUUCAGGAAGAGGAGAAAUCUAUGAUCGCGUAAACAUAUUAUGCUAAAGAUUUCCACCGACCUCAUACUAACACGGUCAUAUUUUAACAUGUUUAUACGAUCCAUUGAAAUGUGUAUUGCGGAACUAUGAGUAAGAGAGAAGCUGAUAAAUAUAGAUCGCGCAGAUAAUCUCCAUAUUAAAUAGUGAUUAUUCAUGAUGUCGAAUGUGUAGAAUAAUUGUAUUUUAAAGAAUCUUAAAGCUCUUUAUAUUAUUUAAAAAUAUAUGUAUUUAAUGUUGUUUUAUUUGUACAUAUACUAGGUAAAGAAUAUGUAUUUUGUGAAAAAAUUUCGUCGCCAGGGCCUGAAUUAGCUCUCGUCGUCUCCUUAAAAGAAGUAUAAGUGUUACUGUAAUGUUCUCGAAAACAUAGAUUCAUGAAUUGUAUGAACUAUGCGUGUCAAAUGUCGGGAGUUUAGUGCCUUAUAAAUAAAUGUAAUGAGACUGCAACACAAAAA